UAGGCGGACGAAUACACAAUCUGGGACUGUGUACGGCAGAGCUCAGUGGCCAUUUUGUGGUGAUGUCGCUGUUGAGAAAUCCCGUGAAGAUGCUGAAAUCAACGAACAUGGUUACAACACUGAUUGUUUCUCCCUCCGUCUCCUCUCUUCUUGCAUCAUGGCAGCUGUCAACCGACGGGACAUUAGCAAAGCGGGGUACCGAGCUGUGCUCAGAGUUAAAACGACAUUGAUAUGAAAGAGGAGGGUGUCUGUACACAGUCUCUGUGGAGACAUGAAACACCGUGAGUUUUUUUUCCUCCAGUCUGAACAUCUUCCAGCAUCUGUCACAACACCGCGUCUCAUUGACUGGUUGAGUUAAUGCACUCUUGUACUGGACUGAGAAGUCAAGCAGAUUCGCUUUCCAAUGGCCUCUGUGAGCCUUGUUUCCAGUCCCCCAGUCCCCGUUCUUGACAAAAACAUGACAGACUCUGAGCUGGCAGAGGACGAAAGGGAGGAUGGAGAGUUGGAAGAUGGAGAAAUAGACGAUGAAGGGAUCGGGAUUGAGGAGGAAAACAAAGAGGCAACAGAGGUGAAUGAAGACAAAGAGAAGGACAAAGAGAAAGAACGGGACAAAGCAAAAGAAAAAGAUGAAAAGUCAUAUAGACACUCGAGGAAAAGAUACAAGAAGACCAAAGAGAAGAGGAGGUACAAGAGGAGGAGACGGGACAGACAGAAACGCCACUCAUCUUCAAGCAGCUCCAGUGACAGCUAUGAUUCAGACUAUGACCGACCAGAGAGGACCAAAAGCAGGCAAAGUCAUGGACCUGACCAGCAUGCACGGGAUCUGAAAGGAUCGCGUGGCAACUCGCACAGAUCUCCACCUCACAAGAGCAGUGAUUUUGACAAAUACAGCGAUUACAGCGACGACAACUAUGACUACGAAGAUGAAGAGGAUCAUUAUGACGAUGACAUGUCCGAAUACACGCAGUCUAAAGAUUCAACAUCCAGUCUUGGAAGGGGACGCCAUGGAAGAGAGCAGAUGGGGAAGAGAGGUGGCAUGAGGGGCAUGAAACAACCACAAUUUGGGCAGAGAGGAAGAGGAAGAGGGAGCGGACCUGGGAGAGGACGAGGGAUUCUCAACAAAAACAAGAAGCUGAAGGGAGGAAAACCUUGGGUGGGUCGUGGAGGACGAGGCCGAGGAGGAGACCAGGACAUGGAAGAUAUGACUCCAGACGUCAAAAAUUCUGGUUUUCAGAAGAAGCGUCUGAUUAUGAGCAAGGAGUUUAUCAGUCAGCACACAGUGGAACACAAUGGAAGAUACAUUUGCAAGUAUUUCCUGGAGGGUCGAUGCAUUAAGGGGGAGCAGUGCAAGUUUGAGCACGAGCUUGUCAUACCAGAUAAGAAGAAGGAACUUUGCAAGUUCUACCUCCAGGGCUACUGCAGUAAAGGAGACCAUUGCAUUUACAUGCACAGUGAAUAUCCUUGCAAGUUCUUCCACACUGGAGCCAAGUGCUAUCAAGGCGACAACUGUAAAUUUUCCCAUGAUGCUCUGACAGAUGUGACAAAAGAGUUGCUUGAUAAGAUCAUUAAUACUGAAGACGAAAACGCCCGUGAGGAUGAGUUGGAGCUGGAGGACCUGAGAAAACAAGGCAUUUCCCCACUUCCCAAGCCUCCCCCAGGUGUGGGCUUGCUACCCACGCCUGGUCAAAGUAGUCCAGAUGGAACCUCUUGUCAGGCAGGGAAGAAGAUCCCCUCCCUCUUUGAAAUCAAGGUUCAACCUACAGUUGACUUGGCGCACAAGAUCGGUUUGAAUGAGUCCAACUACUCCCAGGAUCCAAGUGAAGGCAAUGGCGUAUCAGAGGAAACACAAAGUGGUGUUGUGGUUUCGUCUGGAUCCGAUGCUCCCUCGGGGUACCCAGCAGGACCAGCCAUGAGUGCCCAGAACCCUCCUGGAGAGCAACCACCCCAUGGAUACCCAGUGCAGCCGCCAGUAUUUCAUGGAAACAUCAUCAACCCUCAGAUGAACGUGCAGAGCCCUCCUUUCCCCGCAGGACCGGAUCUACAAAUGCUGCAGAGCCUUUUGGCUUUUCCAUCGUUGGGUCAGAACCCUCUAGAACUGCUCAGUAACUUGCUCCAAAACCAGCCCUCAGGCCAUCAAGAUCCUGGCAUGACCAUGAUCCAGAACCUCCAACAGCAGAUAGGUGCAGAUGUUCAGCUGCAGUCUUUGCCUCCAGCAGUGCAGAAAGCCAUCAUUCUACACUUGACACAGCAACAACAAGAAUCAAAGCCACAGGUGAAUGAUCCACAGCGAGCUGAGAGUCAAGAAGAAAAGAACAGAGACGACACAACAAACUGGUACUCGAGUGACGACGAGGACGGGAGCAGUGUCUCCUCCAUCCUAAAAUGUCUAAAGAGGCACAGUGAGAUGCAGCAGUCUAAGACCACAACAUCUGCCCAUGCAGCACCCUUGGGGGACCCUCGGCUUGUUAAGGAAAAAACUCAGCCAAGUGACCCGCGUGUGAAAGCGGACCCACGGCAGCGACCCCCCGAUAUGAAAAAUCAGUGUGAUGCCGCUUUGGAUCCACGACUCUCCAGGGACCCUAGGAAAUUGAGACCCAUGGAGUCAAGCUCCUUCCGCCAGCAGAACCACCCUGUUCCCCAAAAGCAGCCCACUGGAGACGAAGACGAGGAAGGGGAGAGGGAACUCAGGGACAGAGCGGCCAUCAUACCAUUGGAGGCCAGUCCGGGAGUGGUGCUGCGUGACCCACGGUGCCAGCUGAAGCAGUUCAGCCACAUUCGGGUGGACAUUCUGCUUCAGCGCCCUGCCUACGCGCAAACUGUGGUGUGGGCCCCUGAGGACCUCAUCCCAUGUUUGAUACCCAAACAGGAGCACUCCAUCAAUCUACCCCUGCCACCGCUGAUCGCUGAUGCUCAGAUGAACAGAACAAAUCUGCCAGAGCAUCCGCCCGCCUCCAGCCCGCCGCCCACCGACCCCAGACUGGCAGCCGCUCGUUUGAAGGAGCGUGUAGGUCGACUGCCAUCUGGGCCUUCCACAGAGAGACCAGUAGAUCCACGUCAACAAAAGAAUCUAGACCCCAGACUCAAGCGUACAGGAAGUCUGGACAGCAAGCUGAUGGGUCAGAAGGAGGCCUCGGCAGGUGCAGGUGUUGUGGACCCCAGGUUGCAGAAGGCCAGUGCUGGCUCCUCCCUGUCUGAGAGGCUGCCACCUUAUGCACCUCGACUGGCUUCUUCUGGGGGUGUCCUGGAAAGCCCCACUACAAUUCUGGGUGGCAUCAGUCUGUACGACCCCCGUAGUCAAACAGAGCCUGUCCAGAAGGAUCAGGUAGACCCUCCUAAGAAAGCAGGCAUUUUGAAAAAUCCAGUUAAGAAUGACACUCCUUCACUGCAACCUAUUUCCUCAAGUCAACGCCGCAGCUCUUUGGAAGAGACAAAAAACACAGACUCAGCAUCUGAUCAGUCCCCGCAUGCCAGUCCACCCCCGGUUCCAUUGGACUCGGCUGUCACACCCCCUGCAGUGCAUAACCUGCCCGUCCAGGCUCUGGCGGGGCUGAUCCGACCCCAAUAUACUGACCCUAGGCAGGCCAAAUUAGCAGGACUGGGCUCUGCGGGGGCACAAGAGGAGGUAGCAGAGAAGGAGGAGAAAGAAGUACUUACACACAAUCAAGAGGAUGAGGAGGUCGAAGACCGGACUCUCAAAGACGUCUUCAAGACCUUUGACCCCACAGCUUCUCCUUUCUGUCAGUAAACUCAGUAGAAUUUUUGUAUCGAUGAGACAUGUCAGUCAUAAUUAAGCUAUAUAAAUACAUCUAUUUGUGUACAUUCACAUGAACUGAGAAGCUCACACAAGAUUUCAAAGUGAUCAUGUUACACAGAUGGUUCGAGAGUGAGCAUGUUUAUUUUAAACAUUAAAAAAGGCUAACUACUUGGAAUAAGCCGCAUUUUAAAAUGGGGUUAACUCAGCCUUUCUAUCAAGUAGAGUAGAUUUAACAUUUUUUACUUUCAUGUUUUGUCAACUUCUUUACUACAAAGUCCUGAUGCUUCUGUUACCUUGGAUAUUUGUCGUUUUAAUUCCUGUUCUGCCAAAUGACAGAGAAACACGAUUUCAUCUGAUUGUGCAAAAUAAUUGUGCUUUUUUAAAAUGUCUGCUUACAAUGUGAGAACAUCCUUUUACUACAUGUAGUGUCUCAUUUUAAAAUGUGUACAUUAUUGAUUCUUCUAUUGAAUAGGGUCUACAUGACGUGGGGGGAUAUUUUCUAGCUUGUAAGUAGCACUAUGAAUAUGAAUAACACGUGCAUUGAUUUUUUUUUCUCAUGUUUUCACUUUCAUACUUUCUGCCUGAAAAUAAUUUUGAGCGAUUGCAAGAGUGAUGUGUGAGUAACUGAUACUUAAGCCAUAGGUACUUUAUGAUGGACGUUUUGUUUUCAUGACUUAUACAUCUAAAUGCAUUUUUUAAAGUACAUGUAGUAUGUUGUUUUGAAGUGUGUUCGUGGAUAUUUCUGUGCAUUUCAACAUUUUUUAAAUAUACUGUACAUAUCACAAUAGAUAAUAAAUGUUAAACCACAAUCCUACAUAACAUAUC